AUGAAAACACAAAGAAUAUUAAUAUUUUACUAUAUCGCAGUUUUCCUGUCAUUCUUCUACUUUAAGUACAUAUCAUUGCUAAAAAAUGAAAGGAAUCCAAUUAACCUUAAGAGAGUAAACAUGUUAAAGGGGCUCGAAACGAGACCAUUCGAGAAUAAAUUCUACGUGUACCACGAUAACUAUCACCUUAGCAAGAAGGUGUCAAUCAAGUUAAACCAGUUCAUAAGCGUAAAUGGGCUGCCCACGUCACUCUCACACGUGGAAUCCUACGGCUCAGACCACCAGGCGGACGACUUCACACACUCGACACUGGAAGAAAUCACGAAUCUGGAAAAGCCAUUCAUAGUGAUCGUGAAAAACGGGGGGAGCGCAAUUAAGGACCUGGACUUCAACCUGACGAUCAAGGGAGGGAACACACUGAUAUUUACCCUCCUGAAAAACUACAUUUACACGGAGCAGGGCUGCGAAAGAAUGUUCGCGCUGAUCAAGAGGAUAUUCCUAAUCAACGACUACAGAAGGCUGAGGCCGACGGUGGAUGUAAACUUCGUGCUGCUGAGCACCCAGGGAAGAGUCUACUGGGACUUCAAGGCAAUGCUUAACGACUACCUGAACAACAUGAUAGCCUGCCUCUCACUGUUCCACGACGUGAACCUCCACUCGAGGGUGGUUUCGAACACAGAUUUGUACUCGAAGCUGUCGACGACAACAAGCGUCGUCAAAGUGGAAUGCGACUCCAUAGAGACUGUAGUUGACAACGCCGAGGCGCCAAGUAUACUUCAAAUUGGAGAUGAAAAGUUGAACACAGAAUUUUACAACUUCUUCGAAGCACUGGGGAACGUGGAUGUCGCAAUCAAGGAUAACCACUACUACAGGAACUCACUUAACUUUUACCUAGUGCUGACAGAUAAACAGACCUUUAUAAAGGACCCAAUGACAGAAGAAAGAAGGCAAAGCUUCACAAUAGAAAACCUAGGAGUCUUUUUAUUUACGACACUGGAGGAACUAAGGGCAGGGAGUGACAGCGGCACGCACGUGUUGAGCGACAGUGAAAUAACGCAAGUGCUUUCCUCCUGGGUCACACACGUGAGGCACCUCUACGACCUCCCAGCGACCAAGAGUGAGUUUGUGCUGAGUCUAGCGAACCCAGACGAGAAUAUGAGGGCCGAGUCGGACGACAAGUACGUCCUUUCCUCAAAGUCCGACAUAGAACUUAAGUUCGGCCUGCAGUUCCAGGACCCAGUGGGCAUGGCAUUCUACGGCUUCGAGGUGCACAAGAUGGCAAAGUCGCUGGUGUUCGCAUACGCGAAGGCGACCUUCGAAAACCUGGCGAAGCUGGAGGCCCUGACGAAGGUGUCGUACAACACGCAGGUGCCGAAGUCGACGGCGCAGCAUGCUAACAACUCUAUGGACGCACUCGAGUACCUAAUGGGAACAAAGGAGUUGGACGAUACGCAUUUUAAUCAAAUGGACAAGAACCAGACGUUGCUAUUGGUGGCAAAGUAUGCAUUUUUGGAGAGCCUGGAGGCGUUGUCAGACGAUCAGAUGUUUAACAAGAACGUGCUGUCCUACGAACAUCAGUUGGCAGUGUUCAUGUGCGACGUGUUUCCGUUUGCAUUCCCAGUGCUUGUAUACAUGUUAAAGCUGCUGACUGAGAGGAUGAAGAACAGAUAA